CAGUUCGAUCAUGGGCCCUAGGCCCCGGAGACGAUGGGCCACAUUAGGCCCAACGAACCUUCACCUUGGUGAAAGGUGAACCACAUCCUCUCCAGAAGCGAAAAGGAACCACGAACGGGUGAGCCUGCCUACGGCUGGCUCGACAUCCACGACACACUCCCCACGCAAACCCCUCGCACCUAGUAGCAAGCAAAAUCGGCUUCAGAUGAGGCUCUACUCGCCGAAUCUCCGGCAAGCCGCCGCAGGCCCCGGCGCCGGGGCUGGCGUCACCAACGCCCCCUUUGCAGCAGCUCUCGGCAAGAGUUCUUCGAGCUCCCUUAUUCAUGGCCGUCUCAGCUUCGGCCACGCGUCACUGCAGACACCGAACCACCGCACCAAGAGAGCAGGGUGGGCGGUGCGGGUGCUUCCCCUGACGGAGGAGAACGUGGAGAGGGUGCUGGAUGAGGUGCGGCCGAGCCUGAUGCGGGAUGGAGGCAACGUGGCCCUGCACGAGAUCGACGGCCUCGUCGUCGUGCUCAUGCUCCAGGGCGCCUGCGGCUCCUGCCCCAGCUCCACCAUGACGCUCAAGAUGGGAAUCGAGUCCCGCCUCCGUGACAAGAUCCCCGAGAUCCUUGAGGUCGAGCAGAUCCACGACACCGAGACCGGGCUUGAGCUCAACACAGAGAAUGUCGAGAAGCUGCUAGAUGAGAUCAGGCCGUACCUUUCCGGCACCGGAGGUGGAAGCCUUGAGCUUGUUCAGAUUGACGGUUUCGUCGUCAAGAUUCAAAUCAGUGGACCUGCAGCAGGUGUAAUGACAGUACGUGUAGCUGUAACCCAAAAACUGAGAGAGAAAAUACCAUCGAUCCUGGCUGUUCAGUUGACAGAGUAGAGACAUAAAUUCAGUUGUGCAUCAAUCAAAGGAAGACAAUAUUCAGCUUUGUGAUUACGUUUC